AACAUAAGCGAGAAACCUGCAGUAUAAUACCAGCCUCGAGGCUGACCGGUCCAAUUAUGUUUUUAUUCGUGUUAUUAUUCAUCGCGGUUGCCUUUUUAUAUGCAACGCAAAGUUAUCGAUACUGGAGUAAAAGAAACGUGAAACAUGACCCGCCUUUGCCGAUAUUUGGAAAUCAUUUCAAUAAUCUUUUCGGAUACAAAAGUUUAACACAAAUAUCUAUGGAAUUGUACAAUAAAUAUCCGAACGAGAAAGUAGUCGGCUACUACAGAGGUUCGGGACCGGAACUAUUCAUACGCGACUUGGACAUCGCUCGGGACAUUCUUAAUGUCGAUUUCAGUCACUUUUAUAUGAGAGGUAUCGGAAAAAAUCAUGAUAAAGAAACUCUAUCGAAAAGUUUGUUUCAUAUCGAAGGAGAUGCGUGGAAAUUAUUGCGUCAAAGAUUGACUCCGGCUUUCACUACGGCCAAACUAAAGGCCAUGUUUCCUUUAAUUAUUAAUUGUGCAGAGAAACUGCACGUUGCAGGUGAUAAUGCGGUGAAGAAUGGCGGAAACUGUGACGUUAGAGAAUUGAUGGCACGGUUUACGACAGAAUUCAUUGGGGCCUGCGGUUUCGGAAUUGAAAUGGACAGCAUUAACAACGACCAUUCCGCAUUUCGAGCUUUAGGGAAAAAAAUGUUUACGCGAUCUUUACGCAGCAUUCUUGUGUUAGGCCUUUGGGAAUUGUUUCCGAAACUAGGAAGCAAAUUGUAUGUUUCGGAUAAGGAUAUAGAAGAAGCUAUAACUAAUAUUGUUGUAUCUAUCUUUGAACAGAGGAAUUAUAAACCGUCAGGCAGACACGAUUUUAUAGAUCUUCUGUUGGAGUUGUCGGAGAAGAGUAAAAUUCAUGGGGAAUCUAUUGAAAACUUCGAUGAGAAUGGUUCUCCAAAACCCGCGGAGCUUGACAUGGACAUCUCAGUUCUUGUUGCCCAAGUAUUUGUUUUCUUCGCCGCUGGUUUCGAAACUUCUUCCUCGGCCACGAGUUUCACACUGCAUCAGCUCGCGUUCAAUCCAGACAUUCAGGUCAAAAUUCAGAAUGAAAUCGAUCAAGUACUAUCGAAACAUAACAAUAAACUUUGUUAUGACGCUAUCGCUGAAAUGACGCUUUUAGAUAUGGCAUUCAAAGAGGGAAUGAGAUUGUUCCCUUCGUUGGGAAUAUUGAAUCGCGUUUGCACUAAAAGUUAUACCAUCUCGCAGUUAGGAAUUACAAUAGAUCCUGGUGUCAGAGUGAUUAUUCCGAUACAAGCAAUUCAAAAUGAUGCAAAAUACUUCGAUAAACCUAAUGAGUUUUGGCCGGAAAGAUUCGCAGCGGAAGUUAAAGAACUUAACAAAUUCACAUAUUUGCCGUUCGGUUCUGGUCCUAGGAACUGUAUCGGUGCGCGUUUAGGCCAGAUGCAGUCUUUGGCAGGCCUCGCAGCUAUUCUGCAAAGAUUUUCCGUUGAACCUGCAGAGAAUACUCCAAGGGAACUACCUGUCAACCCAUGGAUGAAUGUCGUGCAAGGAGUAAAGGGGGGAAUACCUCUUAAAUUAACCUUAAGAAAUAAAUAAAUAUUUUUAAAACUGUUUUAUCAUAAUUUUAAAUAUUAAGAAUAUAAUUAGAUUUGCGUUGAACAUGUAUUUUUGUUUAUAAU